AUGGCCGGAAACAACAACAAUAACCGAAAUCCUGAUCCUUUCCAUCUCGAUCCUCUCAUCAACGCUACCUCAGCUGACGGGCAGAAUCGACACUGGCGUGAAGGACAACACCCCGCUGCUGACGGGCAUGGGAGAGCAAGGCACGAGAUCUCCCAAGCCCCCAAGAACGAGCAGACUCAGGCUCAAAACAACAGGGACGAGCAAGCUCAAAACAACAGGAAUGAGCAGUCUCAAACCCACAACAGGAACGAGCAGUGUCAAGUCCAUAACAGGACCGAGCAGACUCAAGCCCAAAACAACGAAGCUGACUCUAGAGACGGGAAACCUGCCUCCUCUUUCACUCAUACCUCCCAGAGGCGAAGGACCCAAUACGAAGACGACCAAGAGGAAGUCGACGUCCCCGAGGACGCUGAGUCCACAGCUGUCCUCUUGCUCGAUACCCUCAAGCAGACCAACCGCCUCAUCCAGCAACAAAGUGAUUGGAUUGACAUGCUGGAAAGGAAGCGACGAUCACGAUCUCCCCUUCGGAGACACUAUCGAUCACGUUCCCCUUCAUCCUCUCGCUCCCCGCCUAGGAGGCGUCGCCGCCGGUCACCCUCGUCUUCGCACUCUCCGCCCAAGAGGUCCCGUCGCCAAAGAUCCUACUCCCGCUCUCCCCCACGAAAGAGCAGGAGGAACCAGAAACCUGAGGUGGCAGAAGCUAUAAGCCUUUCUCUCGAACAAGAUCACCGGGGCCCCGCAAAGACUGUGGUGAAGAACCGCGAGCGUUCUCCUCCCGAAGACAAUCGCAAAGCUUCUGGAUAA